CACUCGCACCUCUGUGUUGCAAUUUCUGAUGGCACCCAUUUUUACGAAGUUUUAGCUUAACCAUUGUGGCAUUGAAUUAUUUCACAUGUGUGGAACUUGAUUUAGCCAAAAUGGGUCUUCUGGGAUUGUGUCAUAUGUAUCAGAGUAAUUUUUGUAUUUUUUCUUUUUGCAACUCGUCAAUGCAAAGCAUUUUGAACAUCCAAAUGUUAUUUUGGAUAUGCAAUUGCUGAACAAAGAACCUGAGUAUGUAAGAAGUAAUUUAGGAAUAUUAGGUUUCAUUUGAAGUUUAGUUGAGAUAGGAAUUUUGAUAUAUUUACUCUUCGAAAUGUGUCUUCUUUUUUUAUGCUUCCCUCCAAAUUAAAAUCUAAUUCAAAACUGACAAUAUAAAUUUAACAGAGUCCCAAAUGGACACAUCUUAAAUUUGAAAAUGAAUGAGAAAGGUUUUUGGAAAUGAAGGCUCACCGUCAUUUCUUACUAUUAAUAUGCUGAGAUGUUCUCAAAUCUCCAUCUGACUUUCACUAAAAUAAAUAACAAAAUUUUUUGAAUCAUUGUUUAUAACUAAUUAACUAUGUAUAAAAUAUAAAUAAAAGCCACUGAAGUGAUGAUAUAACUUAUAAAAGAUAACUAUUUUAAUUAAUUAUUUAAAUAAUCAGUCAUAAAUCUAUGAUAAUAAUAAUUGACUCUAUUACACCCAAAAUUAAAAAAAAAAAACACAAAAAAAGAAUAUAACAUAAGCACUUCACAAUAAAAAAUAGUCCAAGAAAUCUCAGUGUUGGAUUUUUUUUUUAAUUAAAAAGAAAAGAUGUUGGAUUUGGAGAAGCAAGACAAAUGUGUGCCGUUUUAGCCCUUAGUUUCGACGCAAAACGACGGCAGCCGAAACUAAAAAUGGAACAGUGAAUUUCCAAAUAAGAAAAUUGAAAAACUGGGAAACAAGCGGGAACCAAGUGACUUGUGAGUACGCAGCGAUCAGACCAAAACCCAAAUUUGGAAGUCAUAACUCUCCGCCACCUAACCUCAUCUUCGUGUCAAUGCUCAUCAUCAACCUCUACUAGAAACCCAUUAAUAAUUCUUUAUUUCUCUCUCUCUCUCGACCUUUUUGAAUAAUAAUCAUAAUAAUAAUAAGAAAGAAGAAUGUGGCAACUUCUAUUAGCAGCAGCAGUAGCAGGAUCCACUGGCUUCGUGGCCAAGCACUUACUUCACCACCACGAUGAACAUUCCAAAGACAAUCAAGAACCUCCUCAGGACUCGAUUGCCACUCCUGAUGUUGUAAAUGAUGCUAAUAAACAGUGUGGAUUCGGUACCAGUUUCGAUCAGAGUGUUUUUAGGUUUUCCAGCUCUGCUUCUUCUUCGUCUGCUAGUAAAAAAAUUAGGAAGAACUCGGCGAUUAAGGGCCGCCGAUUGAAGUUUGGUACUUUGAAUGAGAAGGAGAAUCAGAGAUCUACUGCCAGCCAAGGGAGUGCCCGCCGAUUUGCUGUUUGUUUGAAGAAGCGAAGAACUGCUAAAUGUGGACCAACGGUUUCUUCUAAUAAAGAAACUACUUUGUUUGGAUGGGGACUUGGUGUAGGCAUCAUGUACAUGAUGUCAGCUGGGAAAUCUGAGAUCAGUAAGCUUAGCAAUGCUAUGGAUGAGACUUCAAAAGUUGUUCAGGAGUUAAGAACAGAGCUUUACAAACGAAAAUCCGCCCGCUCUGAAGGUAUAAGCUUUAAGCAUAAUCAACAAAUGGUAAAUGGUUCUGGCACCGAAGAUAGAGACCCCAAAGAUAUCAAAGUCGAUGAUAUUGAAUGCCCAAGUAGUGUUCUCACUGAAGAACCAGAUCCACAGGUUCUCAACAUGGAUCAACUGGAAGCAGAACUUGCUUCUGAAUUGCAAAAACUUCCAUGGUCUGACACUGAAACUUCUGGAAAUGAAGGAGGACCAAGUAUGGUCAAGAAUGAGGUUUCGUCUGGUGGGAUUCUUGAAGUGAAAGAGCAGAGCCCUGUCUCUUACCAAUGCCACGGAAUCCUGCCAUCUGAACUUGAUCAGAAACUGUGCCAUUUGCUCAUUGAACAACAGGAAAACCAAAUUGAGGAGUUGGAAUCCGAAUUACAUACGGCCCAAUCCAAACUCAAUGAGAAGGAAGCUGAACUCCAAGCGUUGAAGGACUGUGUAAGACGGCUGACUGAAUUCUCUCUGUCAACCGUAUCAGAUGAUGAACCUGAGAUACAAGUAGCGCAGGACUGUAUCAGUGAAUGGGACAACAAUAACAAAAUUGAAUCUCAAUCUGAGCCAAGGAAAUCAGUGGUUGGAAUGAAAAGACCUAUCGACUCUGCAUAGUGAGGUUUUAAUUAUCAUACUCAUACCAUGUCAAUGUGUAAGCGAAUGGUGCUUUGUCUUAUAUGUGGGUAGGAAUGUAAUUUAUUAGGCAGUCAUAGGAUGCCGUCAGAUUUUAGUGCCAUGGGUUGGUUGGGCCACACCAAUCAAAAUUAUGUUCCUUACAUGCACAUUGCUUUUCUGUGCAUCAAUCCCUCACCUAGUAGUAUAAAAUAAUAUUUCAGGAUUUUAACUGCA